GGAAGAGAAGAGGGUCUCUUUCCCGGCCAUCUUGUGGCAGCAUCUAGCAAGCCGUGCGCUUCAAGCCUCGUAGAAUCGGAGGAGAAUCCCGUUGAAGGGGCGCCAUCAUGCCCGGACAUCUGCAAGAAGGCUUCGGCUGCGUUGUAACCAAUCGGUUCGACCAGCUAUUUGAUGAUGAAUCCGACCCGUUCGAGGUGUUAAAAGAGGCAGAGAAUAAGAAGAAGGAUGGGGGUGCCCCUGGUGCCGCCAAGACUGCUGCCCAAGCAGCGAAGCAGCCGAAAAAAGAGUCUCAGAAGGACAGGAAGAACCCGCUUCUCGACAAGAAGGAAGAAGCACAGGCUCCAGUCCCACUUAAGAAAGAGGGUAUUAGGAGAGUGGGCAGAAGGCCUGACCAGCAGUCUCCACACCAGGGACAGCCAGGUUCUCAGCAGCAGGGAGCUCCAGGAGAGGGUCGCCCUGCGGACAGGAGGCCAGACAGAAGGCCCCCUCGCGAACGGCGCUUCGACAAACCAGCCGAAGACAAGCCCGAGGGUGGCGAGUUCUCUGUGGAGAAGUCUGUAGGGGACAGGCCCAUGAGAGGCCGCGGCGGUGGUCGAGGGGGACGCGGUGGCCGCGGGCGUGGCAUGGGCAGGAGUGACGGCUUUGACUCUCGUGGAAAACGUGAAUUUGACAGACACAGUGGUAGCGACCGAUCCAGCCUGAAAGCUGAAGAAAAGCGUGGAGGAAGUGGAUCUCACAACUGGGGCACUGUCAAGGAUGAACUGAGCGAGCUUGACCAGUCCAAUGUCACUGAGGAGGCUCCUGAAGGAGAGGAGCACCCCCCUGCCGAUUCUGAGAACAAGGAGAAUGAGGUUGAGGAGGUCAAAGAAGAGGGACCUAAGGAGAUGACUCUGGAUGAAUGGAAGGCCAUGCAAGACAAGGAGCGAGCCAAGGUGGAAUUCAACAUUCGCAAGGCUAACGAGGGUGCCGAUAGCCAGUGGAAAAAGGGAUAUGUGCUGCACAAGUCCAAGAGCGACGAAAGACCUGCUGGUACUUUAAUCGACAAUGCUGAGAUGGACCCUGAGACAACGGCCUACCAGAAGGGUCACACUGAUGAUGCGUCCGGAGACCACCACUGCCGGAAGCCCGCCAAUGACAUCACGUCCCAGCUGGAGAUCAACUUCGGAGACCUGGGGCGUCCUGGGCGUGGCCGCGGGGGACCCCGUGGUGGACGGGGGGCCCGUGGUGGCGGUGGCAGCAGGCCAUCACGUGGAGGCAGAUCUGAUAAGCCCAGUGGAGUGUCGGUCCCCAAUGUGGACGACCCCGAGGCUUUCCCAGCCCUGGCCUGAGAGAAGCCGCUGUCAGGCAAACCUUAAGCCCCUCCGGGCCCUCCUCUACGAGGCUUGCAUGCUUAUGGAUCCUUCAGCUUAAUAAAAAGAAAAACAACAGAAGACUGUCAUUCAUACCAUUCACACCUGAGGACUGAAUAUUAUCUGUUUUAAAAAAAAAGAAAGGACUUCUUGCUACUCUGAAGCAAAUUAUUGGUAGAGGUUUUGUAUUUAGAAACACGGUAGCAGGGAUGUUUUCAUACAGUAUUUUUUUCAGAGAUUAUGCAUUCUUCAUGAAUCCUUUUUGUAUUGCUGCUUGAAAAUAUGCAUUUCCAAAUAUAGGUGUGAAGAGUGUGUAUCAGUUAGUUCAUGGUGUCCUGUUGCUUGCUUUCUUCACUUUCAGACAGCAGUGUCGAGAUAUGUUUAGGGAUCGUGCAGUCAGCAAGUUCUACCAAAAAGAACAGGUUAAAAAGUUACAGCAUCAUUUUCAGUGAAAUGCACAGGACUAUAACAUCUGUGGUGGCCUGUAUAUUUUUAACCAUUUUUAAACUGAGACCAUGAAUUUUUUCUAGUAAUAUUUCUUGAUGAAUUUUUAUUUCUGAAGGUUUCUGAUAAAAUGGAUGCUUGUUCUUUUGUGCUCUGCUGGACUCUUAGUCCAGAAGUGUGCACCUUGUUAUGGUGUAAAGUUUCACCUUACAGUGUCAUUGAUAUUAAGGCCGAGGGUAGUUUUAAGGUGGGCGUUAGGUCAUUAAGGUCAGAUUAAAAAAAAGGCCAGCAUUUGCUUGGCUAAACAAAGGCUUCUGUGUGUGGUGACCAUUUAAAAUUUGACUUGAUUUUUGCCCUGGAGUUUGUUGCUGAAAGUGUGGGUUUCAGGCAGCAGCAGUCAGGCCACAGCUGCUCCCUUUUACCUGUUUUUCCCCUCCUCUGAAAAUCUACAUAUUUUUAAAACUUAACACUUUCAGCAGGUCAGGUGUGUUUUCCCCAUGCUGUGAAAGAUGACAUUUGCUGUUGUGGUGACCUUUUCAUGUAAUUUUUACAGCAGCACUACUGCAUAAUUCUUCUGAAAGAAAUACAGUUGUUCAGUUUGGAAAAAUCA